AUGUUAUUUGUUACACCAGUCUAUGCAUUAGCUUUUCUAUUAGUUACCACCCCAACCAAUGCUUUAUUAGUGCCGGGUUUUGGUUCAUUUUUCAAUUUCAACUGGUUGUUACCCGUAAAACCCAACCAAAUUGUCUUUAAAGAAGAAGAACCAAGUUUCGAAGAAUAUAAAUCGAAUUUGAUCACCAAUAAGUUCAACAAGGUUGUUCCUGACCACUAUAUUGUCAUUUUGAAAGAUGAAUUAUCCGAAGCGCAAAUUGCGCAACACAAGAAUUGGCUAGAGCAGGAAUAUUCAGCAAUGAUGGCCAAUUCAAUGAAGAGUUGUUCACAUCCUCAAAUAUUGAAAACACUUGAUUUUUUCCAAAUUGAUAAAUUUGCUAUUGGUUACAUGGGCUACUUUACCGAAGGUAUGAUUGGGGAGAUUAUGCAGAACCCAAAUGUAAUGUUUGUUGAGCAGGACUCUAUUUUUAAGGUUAAUGAGUUUGAUGUGCAAAAAGACGCGCCAUGGGGUCUUUCGAGAAUCAGUCAUCGCGAAAACUCUAAUGACAAGAAAUAUUUGUUUGAUAACGAUGGUGGUAAAGGUGUAACUGCUUACGUCAUUGACACGGGUAUCAAGGUGGAACACCAGGAGUUUGAAGGUAGAGCUUCUUGGGGCGAUGCCAUUGCUUUCCCCAAAAUUAGAAUUGAUGGCCACGGCCACGGUACCCACUGUGCAGGUAUCAUAGGAUCAAAGACUUAUGGAAUAGCUAAACAUGUUGAGUUGGUUGCUGUUGGUGUAAUGAAUUUACUCGGAUCCGGUACCACUUCUGAUAUAAUUAAAGGAGUUGAAUUUGUCGUGAACAAACAUCAACAAGACGUAAAGAGUAAAAAACCAGGGUUCAAGGGCUCGGUUGUAAACAUGUCUAUUGGUGGUGGCAUAUCCGAAGCUUUAGAUUUAGCGGUCAAUGCUGCUGUCCGCGCCGGUUUACACGUGUCGGUGGCUGCUGGCAACGACAAUGCGGAUGCUUGUGAUUAUUCGCCAGGUAGAGCAAAUGGGCCAAUUACAGUGGGUGCUAGCAACAUUGGUGAUGCAAAGGCAUCAUUCUCCAAUUGGGGUAAAUGCGUUGACUUAUUUGCACCCGGUGAAGCUAUCGAAAGCACUUUUAUCUGGUCUGACUCUGCUGAAAUGUCAGGAACUUCAAUGGCAAGUCCCCACAUUGCUGGUUUACUUGCUUACUACUUAUCGUUACAGCCAGAGCCAAGUUCUGAAUUCUUUGAAUUAGUCGAUCCUGCAACUUUGAAAAAGAGAUUAUUGAAAUACGGUACAAGGGAUCUUUUGACGGGAUUAAAUAGACUUACACCAAACGUGUUAGCCUAUAACGGAGCCGGGGGUAAUUUAACUGAUUUCUGGAAUAUAUAG